AUUUUUGUUUAGGUGUAAAAUGUCGUUAUUGCACCGAUUCUCAACUCGCGGUGGAUUUUGGCAUGGCAGCAGUGCUCUUUGAAGAUGUCUUUUCAGUGACUGAAGUUGACAUGGUGAAGGACCCCAAAGACCCUUCCCGUAAAAUAAAGGAAAAAAAGUUUGAUAAAGUUUCCAGAAUACUUUGCUAUGGAGAAAACUAUCAGACAGAACUUUUGUUAGAUAUAAACAACGAAAUUUAUCCUAUUGUAGAGAAGGAAAAGUUUGAAAUGGUUUUAGCACCAACGCUAUCUUUGGAUGGUCGGCCUGACGAUGGCUUGUAUCAUCCUUCUGAAGAACCAAGUUUGCUGGACAAGUUUGAAUAUGGCAUGUAUGGUAAAAUUUUUAAGUUUGCAGAGGAAGUUGGAAAGUCUGUUGUAUAUAUCUCGUUUGGCGGUUUACUUAUGGCCUUGAAAGGAGAGCCUAGAAUUAUUACUCCGCAAUCUUUCGAAGUCGACUCCGGAAUUUAUAUUCUCAUUCGCAAGUUGUGAUGCCACGAUAAACUGACUUUUCUCUGAGGAAAGCAAAUUAGGUGACAUUUUGGAUAGUUUUUUUCAAGGAAUACUUAGGUGGGCUUUUACAGCAAAGUAAAACUUUAUUUAAAAUA